AUGCAAGGAUUACAUUAUCUCCUGUAUAUAUGGUUAGGUAUAGUUAUUGAAGCAUCUCACUAUCGAGGUGGUUCAUUUACAUGGAAACCUGUUAGUCCACAAGUACCUAAUCAAAAUCCUGUACCAAUAUCAUUUACUCAACGACAUGCUUGGCGUCGUGGUUCUUAUUAUUGUGAUCAAAAUACUAUUAACAGUGGUGGUACUAUCGGAGCUGGUAGUAUAUGUUGUCGUGGCAGUCAAUGUGGUUCAUUGAUUUGUCCUCUGAGUACAUCUGUACCAUGUACUGAUUUUAGUGUUUCACAAGAUAUGAGUGCUGGUCAAGACUCAUCAAUAUUGAACUUGUCUCCAAACAUUAAGAUUGCCUUAACAUUCACUGGCAGUGCCUGGAUUUCACUGCAAAGUGGUGGUGGUAAUUGGGCUGUGACUACGCAGAUAAGUACAUAUAUGCGAGCUGAUGGACAUUACAAUACUGCACCAACUUCGGCUAUGGUUCCUGUUAAAUUACUUCGACAAGGCUUUUCAUACACAUGGUUAAUACCUACUGCUGAUACAGAUGGUGAUACAGUAAAAUGUCGAUGGGCUAGUGCCAGUGCUACAGUACCAACUAAUGUUGUUGCUGAUGAAUGCGCUGGAAUUUGUAAUACUUUUCCUGGGGCAUCACUCAACUCAUCCAGUUGCAUGAUGUCUUACACAGCAUCAGCUGUUGGUUUCUGGGCUGUUAGUCUGAUGAUGGAAGAUUAUGAGUUUACUUGGCAAACAACUGCACUAUCAGCUACACCUUUACAAUUUAUUGUUCAAGUCUAUGCAUCGAGCAGUAGCUGCACUGUUGGACCAUCAUAUACAGGAGCUCGUCCAGCUGGUGCUUGUGUUGGUGUCGAUGUUAAUCAAAUAGUUGUAGAACAAGCUAUUUUUACUGUUGGUUGUUCAGGUGUAACACUUUCAGAUGUACUCACUACAUCACCACCUGGUAUGAUUCGCGGUACAGUCACUCAAUCGACUAGCAAUCCAUUAGAAUAUACAAUGUCAAUGACAUGGACACCACCAGCAUCUGCUUGGGGUUCAAAUCUUGUUUGUUAUACACCAAUCGAUAGUUUGGGUCAACAAGGCAAUACACAAUGUGUCACUUAUCUUGUUGCUGUUACUGCACCUGAACUAAUCUAUACAAGUUAUGUUAAUGGUAGCAUGUCUCCCAUAGGUACAGUUAUGCCUACUCAAAAUGUAUGGCGUGUUGAAUGUACUAAAGCAGUCAAUCGUCCAUCAACUGCAGCAUAUAUUCGAUUUUAUCAAAGUUCAACUGCUACACAAGUAUAUGCACUUGACGCUAGCACAGAUACAACCCGUGUUAUUUAUUCAAAUUUUACUUUGAUCUUCUUUACAAACUAUGCAUGGAUAGCUGGUCAAAGCUAUUAUAUUUUAUUUGACAAUGGUGUUGUAACGGGUACUGAAUUUUGUGGUCCACAAUCAAAACCAAUUCUUGAUCCAACUUUUUGGCCGUUUAAUAUUUUUAAUUCAGCUGCCUAUGCUAAUUUGACAGGAAUGACAACAUCAAGUACAACAACAAUUAUUCCAAAUAUAACAACACCAGCUAUAUCAACAACAACAGCUAAUCCAGCUAUUACUACAACUGGAAUUACUGUUCCAAGCUCGACUACACCUUAUACUGGUACUGGCGCAAGUACGACAGUUAGAACAACAACAUCAACAACAACGAGUACUACCACUGCAUCAAUAUCAACAACGACAUUAACAACAACGACAACAACUAUGCCAGCGGUUCAGAUACUACAACCAAGUGAUAUUAUUAAAAAAUGUGAACAACCAGUUAUUAUUGGUACAUUAUUAUCUACAACUGUUGUUGGAGCUAUAUCUUUAGUUGUUUAUGGUGUUUUUAUGGCUAAAAUUGCGGCAUCAAUGUUGUAA